CCAUCUGCCUCUAAAUUGGCCGUAGACAGUUGGGACCCAACAAACCUCCAGAAGAAGACAAGUGGUUACAGAAAACGAACGAAUGAAUGUUCCUGUAGCUCAUAAGACGACAUGGUCUGUUUUCUUUUCACGUAACCCCAGUGCAUAUACGCUGGUAAAUUAUCAAACAAACGGGAAAAAAAGAAAUAUUAAGCUUUUCUCUUUUGUUGAUCCAACGAAUCGUUUCGUUUCAUAUCUGUGGAGGAAUUUUAGUCCGUUCCUCAGAGCAGAACCACCUUUAGGUUUGAGAUGUUUCCUCAACAUCUCUAUGGGAUUAAUCAGGACUUUGACUCGUUCCAAAACAUCCACCUUGUUCUUCUUUAAUUAUUCUUUUGUAAAACUGAUCGUGUCCUUGGGCCCGUUGUGUUGAUGCGUUACAGACGUCCUGACAUGUUCUUUUUUUUUUUUUAGUUUUUUUCAAUAUCUAUCUAUAUCUGCAAUAUCUUUAACACGCAAACACAAGUGAACAAACACAGCAUGACAAUGCAACACCCUCGAACGUGUUCAAACAUACAAGUAAAAUAAUCGACCAAAUAAAUGUAAUAUUAAUAAUAAUGAUAAACGCUGAAUAAUUAAUAAUAAUUGCAAUUAUAAAUCAGCUUCCACCACACGGGAUAUGUGAGUUCUUUCUACAAAACAGACAAAGGGACUCCAGAUGAAUUCACCAGUCCUGGGCCAGAUGCAGCAAAACAGGCCCGAAUAAAGGACGUUAACACCCCCACGUGACCGGACGAGGUUCUUACCCCAUCUCCUCGGGUCUGUUCUCCUUUUUGCGUGAAGUGGGAAAUGGGAUUUUGGGAUGUGAUCGACUCAUCAGAGACUUGUUCCAGUAAAUCAAGAAGUAGAAUAAAGAAGUUUCAGGGUCAUUGUCCUGGGAAAAACUAUGAAAUACAGUUUGUCAGCUCUUUGGUUUCGGUGCAAUAAAAAAAAAAAAAUACAGCAAACAAUAAAACACAAUAUAUAAAAUAAGGUGGGUUCACAAAUGAACGUGAUUGGUACAGUGAGGAAAAGCCCGAGGCCGGAAUGACUGCGUCUUCCCAGUAAACAUAUGUCUCAAGUUUCCUGCUAAGUAUCAUUGCGCAAUUUACAACGUUAUUAUAAUCGCCGAGCCAUGAUUUGACAGUAGAAGAAUAAAUGAUGUGCUGCGUUGAAUCAUAGGUGAAAAGAACAACAAUGGAUGAAGAUUACUUUGUGGACAGGAGGAGUGAAACACUAUGAAGUGAACUCUCAAGUUUUAUUGAUUGAAACUCAGCAGCAUAACGUUGUGGGAUUAAAGACCGGGACACUUCCUGGAAAUUGAAAGUGAAACCAUAGAGCGGUUAGAGGAGGAAAAGAACAAAGCAGUCUCUAUCUCUUUCUGCAGCAGACGCUUCUCAGACCCGGACGAGUGAGCUAUGGACGGAGAGGACAGUCCAUCUAAAGGGAUGCAGUGCAAAGAGGACACCAGACAAAAACCGAGCCCUUCACCUCGUGUGAGACAAAGGCAGAAAGUUCAGAAACAACCAGAUGAGGAGGCCGGUGUGGUUGAGGAGCCCGUCUCCAUCUCCUCAGAUCUGGCCCAUUUUAUCAAACUCAGCGCCAAAGACCUCAAGCUCCGGCAGACGGACCGGAGAUGGGCCGCUGAGCUGGUCAACGACUUCCGUGAAAACCUGCUGAAAUUCCUCAAGAGCAACAACGACCAGCCUUUCUUCCAGUCAGUGGACGUCCUCACCACCGGCAGCUACUUUGAGAAUGUUAAGAUCAACAACCCAGACGAGUUCGACAUAAUGCUGAAGAUCCAGACGACUACACGCUUUCAGACUGAACCGCUGGACGAUGGCCUGUUCUACCAGAUCAACCUGUCUCGGCCCACCAGGACCCACAUACAGGACUUCCUUCUGGAGAACAAUGUCACCCUGUCAUCGAGCCAGGUCCUCACUGAGAUGCAUCGCCUGGUUCGCAAGUUCCUCAAGACCUAUGAAGUGCCUGAUAAAAGCUGUCGCUGGGAGAUGAACAGGAAGCGAAUUUACAGCCCGGCUGUCACCUUGUCUCUGUGUAGGAACAACAGCGCCGAGUUGAUCUCUGUGGACGUGGUUCCUGCACUGGAGGUUCCAGCCUGGCCCGCCGCCGUCCGCAAUGGACCAGAGGUGGACAACUGGCUCGGCAAGAAGGUUCGCCAGGAAUUCAAAAGCUUUCCUUGUUUCUUUGUGCCAAAGAGACAGAAAGGAAAAAACCUCAAGGAGGAGGCUAAAGAGAGUUGGAGGAUUUCUUUCUCUCACAUUGAGAAGAAAAUCAUCAUGUGCCACGGCAACAAGAAAACCUGCUGCGAGAAAAGAGACACCAAAUGCUGCCGAAAGUCCUGCUUAAUGCUCCUCAAAUCUCUGAUCGCCAGUCUGAAAAUACGUUUUCCCAAAGAGCUGGAAGAUCUCUGCUCGUAUCACGGGAAAACCACCUUCCUCCACACUCUGGCCUCCAGGUUCAAGGACUCUAUGUGGGCCCCUCAGGACCUUCCCGUCUGCUUCCUGCACCUCAUCUGUGCUCUGGAGGGCCACGCUCGCAGCGGAGUCCUCCCUCACUUCUUCGUCCCCGAAUGCAACCUCUUCUCCAAGAACAACAUCGCGCGCAAGACCUUGGCUUUCCUCGCCAAAGCCCUGGAGGAGCAGAGGAGGGAAGGCCUGCCCCUGCUGAAGCCUCAAGCUCCGGUUCCACCUCUGAAACCAGAGACUAUUUCUCCAGAAAUAUUCACCGACAAGUCCUCCUUAGUGACUGCAGGUCCCUCUGUGGGCACUACAUCUUGGGCAGCUAUCAAACCGACCCAGGUGUUUGCUGUGUGUUUGGUGUGCGUCCUGAUUUUUUACAUGGCAAUAAGUUAAUUAUUUGAAACCAGAUAAUAAAGGGCAUCAAAAUAAAAGAUGCAUGUAAAGCAACAAACAUUUUGUCCUUAUUUAUUCUAAAUUUAGCUGUGACAUUAUCAGCGGUACAACAAUUUGACUGUAUUGUUUAUGUUUUCUUCAUGCGUGCCUCCAUUUCAAAAUAUUAUUAUCAUAUUAUAAUAUAAUAUACUAUUAAGAACGUUAUUAUUUUAACGUUAGAAACCAAUAAACCUUUUGUCACAUAUUCAAGUACCCAGUUCCUUAUUAUUUAUUUGGCACUGGCAAUCAAUUCCAUUUUUUUUCCCCCUUUCAAAUUGCAUAUGUAUUUUGGUAAUUUUAUUUCUCCUGUUGUUUUAAUUAAAUAUCUUUUUGUGCUGUUUUCAAAUCAAUGUGACCUUAUUAUGGCAAAACUGAGUGUAAUAACCAUUCCUGAUGAAAUAAAUGGCAAAAUGAAAACCUG